AUGCAGCCGGAGAGCAUGAGGCUAAGGUUACAUUCCCUUGCGUUGGUAACGGGACAUUGGCAGAUGGGGAUUUUCACCGAAGAGCUCGGUGAGACUUCGCGGAGUCUCCCGGGCUCUAGAUUGGCCGCCGUACAUACGUAG